GUGUUUCAAGGCCUCCGAUGUUUGGCAAAACCUUUUGAUAAAUGGUGCAGAUAUGACUUGACUUGCCAUCUUUAGGAUAUGACAACUUGAUUGAAUCAUAUGGCUCAAAAUAAUCAUGCCCAAAACGAAGAGCUUAAAAUACCUUUCUUUGAAUGAUGUGUUUGCACAUGGAGAAUGAAUGCAGGAUGGACAUUUAUCUGCAUGUCAGACUUCCAUGAAUCUAUGGAGUAUGGACAUAUAGUAAUGAGCCUGAUGAAAUACAUGUAGACGUGCAUGCACACGAAUCAAUGAACUCCAUCCAAGAUAAGCACUUUUUUUUUUUCCAGCAGCUUCAAAUUCCAAGAUAUGUUUUUUUAUUUUUUUAAUUUUUUUUAAAUUUUUUAAUGUAAUGUAUACUACUAGUUUUUAUGAUAAAUUGAUAAUAUCAAAAUGCACAAAUGCUUGGCAAUGCUCCUCAACUUGGGUGUCACAGGAAUUUGACAAGAGAGGAAAGAGAAAUUUCUUGCUAGCAGAAAUCCAUAUUUAGAACUAUCGAGGACAACUUCUUUAGUCAACUGAAGCUGUUAUUGUUAUUAUUUUUUAGAACCGUUCGCAGCAUGGAACCAUGGACCUGUUUCCUGAUAUACUUCUUGAUAUGUGAAGAAUGUUUGUCAUGUGGCAAAAAUGUUUGUGAUUAUGCAUUUUAAUGAAGCAAAUGAAACAACUGUUACUGGCAAAUUUGAAGCUUAAAAUUUUUCCCCUCCGUUCGUGCUUUGACUGAUUAGUUGUCUGGAAACUUAUUGUUGUCCAUGAUAUUGCAGUUUCAGAGUAAAAGAAUAAUGGCAAGAUCCCCUUUUGAUUUUCACAGGGCAGAACCAUCUCAGCAGCCAUUGAUGGCAGCAGCUGCAACACCACCAUUGGACAUGCAGAGGGCUGAAUCUUCCCGGCAGCAUGUGAGAGCUCUCAAUACCCAAUUUGCAAGCUGGGUGCAAGCGCAAUUGCAGAAUCACCCUGAUGAACUUUGGGAAGAUGGCGUAAAAGACUACCUUGCUCAUGCUUCAAUUAUUAUGGAGAAAUUUAGUGAUGUUGUCAACUGGCUCAAAGCAAAUUCUGCCAAAGGAGAAAGUACCUUAGCGGUAGGGCUUCAUAUUGCUGAAAAGAAACUUGUUCCCGAGAGUAAAAGCAAUGAGACAAAGGUAUUUCAGGAGAAGACGGGUCUUGUUCCAGCUGGUCCAACUACAAACUUUGCAAGUGCAUGGAACUCUAGAGUACUCUCAAUCAGUCAACCUGUUCUGUUUGGAAGCCAAAAUCCAGUUCCCAUAAACAAUGGUGCUUCAAAUGAUGUGGAUGAUGAAAAUGAUGUGGAACAGCCUAGCAGCCCUUCAGUCAAGAAGAUUGACGAGAAGGGUAUUAUCGUAGUACAUGAGGUCAAAUGCAAACUUUAUGUGAAGUCAAGUGAUCCAGCAGAGCAGGGUGCAUGGAAAGAUAGAGGAACUGGUCAGCUUUCCAUUAAAUGCAAAGAAGGUGUUAGCAGGGGCACAAAAGAAUCCAAACCAACAAUUAUUGUUCGGAAUGAUGUGGGAAAACUGUUGCUUAAUGCUUUAUUAUAUCCAGGCAUCAAGACAAAUUUGCAAAAGAACUCCCUUGUUGCAAUAUUCCAUACUUUGGAUGACGCAGCUGGAAAUGAUGGUAGCAAUGGUGAUGUUGUUGCACGUACCUUCUUAAUUAGGACAAAGACCGAGGAAGAUCGGAAUAAGCUGGCAGCAGCAAUUCAGGAAUAUGCUCCUGCAGCUUGAGUCAUCUCCAGAAAAUGUAUUGUAGCCCAGAGGUAUUUGGUAUUUUUUUUCUCAUUAGUUUAGAUUUUUAUUUUUUGUAAGGCAACCUUCAGGAACCAAACCAGUUCGUUUUUGGUGACCCAAAAACAUGCCAGAGGCUUGGGGCUGCCGGUUCAAUACUCAGAAGGCAAAUUAAAAUUUCACGAAUGUAAGAGGUGGUUGCAUCUGUAACAUUAUCGAGAUGAAUGGAUGUCAUUAUGUUUGUUACAGAACUUCUUGAGAAGUUCUUUAUCGUAUUAUUUGUCAUCAGAUUCACCAUUACAAAAAAAAAAUGUUUGCUAUCCUUAAAAUAUCCCUGUCAAUUAUGUUAACUUUCUCCAUUUACGGGAAUGAACCCGGGCACUACUUAAAAUUUUAGUUUUCUGUUCCCGCGGCUUUGCAAUUCAUUUGUUGUCAUACCGAUUGGUUUUCAAUGGAAAGAAGCAAAGAACGCUUUCAUGUAAGAAUGGAAUGGAAUGUACUUUAUUUAUAUAUGUAUAAUUUUACAUUCGUCAUA